GUGAAGGGGAUAAGUGGGAGUGGGAGAGCGGAGGGACGACAGUACGGAGGAAGAAUCAGCCGGAGAAGUAACUCGUCUCCACGAAACCAGAAGGAGAGAGAGAGAGAGAGAGAAAGAGAGAGAGAGAGCAUCGCUGCACCUGCUGCAACUCACCGACUCACGGCAGCAACAUCCUCUCAGAUGUCUGGCAGGUGAGUCAACAUACAGCCGUAUAGCACUUUGAUUUCUCAACAGGGAUGCGCUGUUUUCAUCCAGCUGUCAUCAUUCUCAGACUGGCAUCUUCAGAUCAGCUGCACGUCGUUUAGUACAAAUGCAGGAACGGUCAAGUGUCAUGUCAUUUUCAAGUAAAACCUUCUUUACUUGAUACUUUUCCAACCCUCGAGGUGCAAAUCAUUCGUCGUGUAAUCUUUUUGUAUCCAUAUUGUUGAUACGUUUGGAAAGGCAAGCAGUGAACUUCUGCGCACAGAGGAGGCAGUUGGCUGCGCGGCAGAUGGGGAGACAAAAGGAGAAACCGAGUGAAAAACUGAGACAAAGGACGUUAGAAAUCGUUUUGCCUCGGCUCCGGCUGCGCCUACUUCUGAGUUAAAACCACGUUAUUCUAGCAGUCAACAACAUAACCUCAGAUUCUCUACUGUGUUUAUGAUUUUUUGUCGAUAUUGCAUGUUAAGGAUUCAACCGGGGAUCAAAGCAUCACAUAGGAAACCUUUUGAAUACAUAUUUAGUUCACAAUGCUCAGUGUUUGCUUUAACAUUAAUAUAAAUGAUUGUGAAAUUGGUUUUAUUCACAGUUAAGGCUUCAUGAUUCCACUUUGAGCUUAAAGACAGAAUUAACUAUUCCAUUUACAAGCUGGACUGGCCCCUAAACUAACAAUCAUCCUAUUUUUCUUGCAGUUUGACGAUGGAUCACUCCUUCCUGCCUCGGUCCAUCUGGACCGGUGACAGUAAAUUCCUGCAGCCUCCAGCGGAUCUCUUCACCAGUGUGGUCGUUACGCGCAGCAUCCCUGCAGGCACGUGCUUUGGCCCCUGUGUGCUCCAGAACACUUUCUAUGACACCAUCGCCUUCAUAGCGCAGAAAUCCUGCGACAAGAGAACCAAAUCCUACGUGUUCAGGGUGAGUGAUCUUGGUUUUUGGAGGAUAUCUUAUUCAACUUCAAAUAGAAGAAUCUCUGAGCAGCUUUACUACCUCUAUUUGGACCAAAGUAGACGGUGUCAAGUCAGACAUUAUGUUUAAAACUCAUUUUGGUUUCAGAUUUUACGCAUUUGAAUCACUUCAGUCUGGUUUUGUGUUUCAGACAUGGAUAAAUGUUUCACUCAUCAGAUAGACUUGUAAUUAGAAAAGGUCAAUGACUAAAAACUGAAUGUGAUCAUUUUGCAGAGCAAAUAAAAUAAUAUUUUUUCUCAACAGGUGGACCCCGAGGCCAUGCGUAAUUCCGCACUGGUGCUGUCCUGGCUGCGGCUCGUUCAGGCUGCGCGUAACGGAGAGGAGCAGAACACGGAGGCCUUCCUGAAAGCUGGUCAGCUAUAUGUGAGGACCAUCCGGGACAUCAGGCAGGAGGAAGAGCUGCUGGUGUGGUACGACCAGGAGCUGUCUCACCUGCUGGGGUUCACAGACAUGACCAGACCCUCGAGUGAAGGUGAGUGCCAAAAGUGCCGAAGCCAAUCAACACCAUGUCAUGCAUCCUCCUUAUACAAGACAAUAUAUAUAUUUCAUCACAGAAUGGCUUUGUAUAUUCACAAAAAUCCACUAACAAAUAUUCAGACUGAGUUUGUACUCAUUUUUUUUUUUAUUUCUGUCACUUCCAGAUUUCAAAUGUGGAAGAUGUAACCAGGUCUUCAAGCACGAGUAUCCCUUCCUGGCUCACUGUCGAUUUCUGUGCACUCAAGUCAAGUGUGACACAUGGAGCCGAGAGGUUUACGAGCACAAACACGUGGAAAUUAAGAGGCAACACAGAGUGACAGAUUUCCACAACAUCGCCAGAGAUCUGGAACACAAGAAAUCAGGCAGCAGCAGCAACGAGGAUGCUGAGAUCUUUCCAAAGAGAAGGAAAUAUGAGGAAACUCUGUAUCCCAAAGGUCGGAAAGCGGUUCUUUUGGAGAAAACGAAUAUUUCAAAUGAUGAUAAUAUCACACAGCUGAGUAAAGACUACGAGCAGGCAGCAGGAGAUGAAUCCUCUUCUGCGGGGAAAGCUGAUAAGACCAAACUGGAUCACCUCGGACGUAAAGAUAUUGAAGUAGGGGAAGCCAAGGGGACUUUUACGCACGACAGAGAGACUGUUGGAACAUCAGAGAGCUCCAUUGUGCGCUCAAGCAGCGGCAGCGCAUUUUCACUUGUCGUUUCCAACAGCCAGGGCGAGCAGAAAAGCGCCUUUUGUAAACCGAGUAAAAGAACUUCUCCUGUGGAGCCGCAGGCGUGUGUCAGCCGCGCUCCAACAGCUCCCUCUAGCCGCUUAGAGGAGAUGUCUGACGCGUUUUCCUCCAGGACUGUUAUGGGAUACAACAACCUGAUGGCAUCCAACAUCCUGGGCACUGACAUACCGGCUGGGCCAUCCCCGGUCGCUCUAAACAACGCUUUUCAUUACGCACCGGAGCACUGGUCCCGGAACAUCGGCGUUCAGCUGCAGACCACUCCGUCUCUCACUGUCCUGCCGCCGACUUUCACCUCAUUCGGGGUCUCAGUACAGAACUGGUGCGCCAAAUGCAACCUCUCCUUUCGCAUGACCUCUGACCUCGUCUUCCACAUGCGCUCUCAUCACAAGAAGGAGUUUGCCGCGGAGUCCCAGGUGAGGAGGAGGAGGGAGGAGAAACUCACCUGCCCGAUCUGCCACGAAUAUUUCAGGGAGAGGCACCACCUGUCCAGACACAUGACCUCUCACAACUAAGACAGACAAAAAAGGAGAAAAACGGUUAUUUAUUCCCCAGAUUAUGCUCGUAUUUAACAGAUCCAGACUCGAGAUCCACAGCGGGGCUUUGGUGCGGAACGGUGAAUGUAGUUAGCUGUAUAGAAAACUGCAAACAGACCCACGUGACCUUCAUAGCCCCUCCACUAGAUGGCGAUAGAGGCGCGUGUUUUAGUGAUUUCACUGCAGUUUGCUGCGUGUCCUUUAGGCCUGGAUGUUAGCUUGAUGAUUAUUUUGUGCCUUAUGGAGCUGAGGAGGGAAGAAAAGACUGAGAGGUCUCAAGGACAGCUGAUGAUUGUCAUAAAUGUCAAUCCUCUAAUUUAUCUGCUUUUCUUUGCUCUGAUUUGUACAACAGAUGUGGAUUGAGUGUGUUUGCACUUUGGUUUUGAACUCUUAAAAUAUGGAAAUGAGA